AUGGUGUUAAUCGACGGGAGAGAAGUGAUCACCGAGGAGGAGAAGCGCCUAAGAGAAGACCGCGAGAGAACUAAAUAUUGGAAGCGAUGGGGACCAUACGUGGCGGAAAGACAGUGGGCCACAGUCAGAGAAGAUUACAGUGAAGACGGUGAUGCCUGGAGCUAUUUCACCCACGAUCACGCAAGAUCAAGAACUUUCCGCUGGGGUGAAGAUGGAAUUGCCGGAGUAUCAGAUACACAUGGUCUGCAGAACAUCGCUUUUGCGUUUUGGAAUGGAGAGGAUGACUUCUUGAAGGAACGUCUGUUUGGUUUGUCGAACCCUCAAGGUAAUCAUGGCGAGAGUGUCAAGGAGGCCCAUUUCCAUGUGGACAAUACGCCCACGCAUUCUUACAUGAAAUUCCUUUACAAAUACCCCCAGAGAAAAUUCCCAUACCAAGAUCUCAUUGAUGAGAAUGCAAAGCGCUCACGAUUGGAGAAAGAGUAUCAGAUCCUUGAUACUGGUAUUUUCGAAGAAAAUCGCUAUUGGGAUAUUUUUAUUGAGACUGCCAAGGAGGCCGAUGACGAGGAAGAAUUGUUCUUCCGUGUCAUUGCGUACAAUCGUGGCCCAGAGCCUGCUCAUUUACACAUCGUCCCUCAUGUCUGGUUCCGAAACACAUGGGCGUGGGACGGGGGACAAAAAGAGAAACCGUCUAUCAAGAAAGAGGGACCACUAGUCGCCAAAUCAAAGCACGAAAAUAUCGGCGAGCGAUAUGUUUCUUUUGCACCCUCGCCUCCCGUCGGAUCCAGCGAUGAUGAUAUCCAGCCUCAGAUGAUGUUCACGGAGAAUGAGAGUAACAACAAGGUCCUUUGGGGUACCGAAAACUCCACCCCGUACGUUAAAGAUGCAUUCCACCGACACAUUGUCGAAGAAGAGAAGGGUGCAAUCAACCCAGAUAACGAAGGUACUAAGUUUGCUGCUUGGUACGCCUUCAAUAAUGGCGAGGGAGUCCCUCCCGGAGAAUGCGCCGUCGUUCGUUUCAGAGUAUCCCGCAAAAAGGAAGAAUUCGUUGACGAAGAAGUCCUUGAUGAUGUGAUUGAACAGCGCCGCGCCGAGGCGGAUGACUUCUACUAUCACAUUAACCCCCUCCCAAUGAGUGACGAUCUUCGGAACAUCCAGCGUCAAGCAUUCUCUGGAAUGAUGUGGUGCAAACAGUACUACAACUUUAUAUGGGACCAAUGGAGUAACGGUGAUCCCGGGAAAAUUCCUCCCCCAGCAGGCCGAAAGGGUAUUCGUAAUGAGCAGUGGCGCCAUCUCUACAUCGACGAUAUCUUAUCGAUGCCAGAUUCUUGGGAGUAUCCAUUCUUCGCCGCAUGGGACACUGCAUUCCAUUGUAUCCCGCUGGCCAUGAUGGAUCCUGAUUUUGCAAAGAAGCAACUUGACCUUCUCACCCGUGAGUGGUACAUGCACCCCAACGGCCAGCUUCCUGCGUACGAGUGGAACUUCGGUGAUGUGAAUCCUCCCGUGCACGCAUGGGCCGUGUUCCGUACGUUCAAAAUUGAGCGUAAGAUGUACGGACGACAAGAUCUGGAUUUCCUAGAACGUGUCUUCCAAAAGUUACUUCUAAACUUUACCUGGUGGGUGAACCGCAAGGAUUCAGGUGACAAGAAUGUGUUUGAGGGCGGCUUUUUGGGACUUGAUAAUAUCGGUCUAUUCAACCGCUCAGAGCCAUUGCCUACUGGCGGUGUGCUUGAGCAAGCUGAUAGCACAGGCUGGAUGGCUUUCUACAGUCUGACUAUGCUUAACAUUGCUCUAGAGCUGGCCAAGCACCGUCGCAUCUACGAGGACAUUGCAUCGAAGUUCUUUGAGCAUUUCCUGCUCAUCAGCGAUGCAAUGACCUUCCGUUCGGGUGAUGACACGGUUCAGUCCCUCUGGAACGAAGAAGACAACUUCUAUUACGAUGCUAUUUCCUAUGGCGGACCAUGGACCCAGCAGCUGCCUAUCAGGUCCCUUGUUGGUCUGAUCCCUCUAUAUGCAGUGCUCACCCUAGAGCCCGAGCUCAUCAAGAAAUUCCCCUCGUUCAAGCGGCGAGUGGACUGGUUCAUCGAGAACAAGGCAGAUGUGGCCGAGCGUAAUAUUGCCAGCAUGAAGCGCCGCGGCAAAGACGACCGACUUCUGCUAGCACUCGUCAGCAAAGAUCGCUUAAUCAAAAUCUUGGAGCGAAUGCUGGACGAAACCGAGUUCCUCUCUAAGCACGGUAUUCGUUCUAUGUCGAAGUUCCACGAAGAUAACCCAUACUCCAUGGAUGUCAACGGACAAACCUUCAAAGUCGGAUAUGUUCCUGGCGACUCAGAUUCCUCGCUCUUCGGUGGUAACAGUAACUGGCGCGGACCCAUCUGGCUCUGCGUUAACUUCCUUCUCGUCGAAUCCCUUCUUCGCUUCUACAUGUUCUACGGUGACACACUGCAAGUCGAGUGCCCGAAGGGCUCAGGCGACUACAUGCACCUGGGCCACGUAGCAGAGGAGCUACAGCACCGAAUGCAGCACUUGUUCGCACGGAACGACGAAGGCCGACGUGCCGUGAACGCUGGCUCCGAUCUCCUUGACUUCGACGAGCACUGGAAAGACCAUUUAUGGUUCCACGAGUUCUUCGAUGGCGACACCGGACGUGGGCUGGGCACAUCGCACCAGUGCGGAUGGACUGGACUGAUUGCAAAGGUCAUCCACGACACAGGCAUUAACUGCCGUCUGCCACAGACUCCGCGGUCACCAUUUGCCGCAGCAUCGCACUACUUCGAUGACAUCUUCUCUCGAUCCGGAAGACCGCGUGGCUCUGGCCGUCCCUCGAUCCGCCGCUCUUCGACCACCCGUUCCAUCGGCAACCGUAGUGACUUCUACUCUGGCGCUGCGACUCCAGCUGCAUCGACUGUCUUGGACGAUGAGGACUAUAGUCGCGGUCCUAGUCGAGUGGGCAGUCGUAGAGGCAGCACUGCGCACCCUGAUGAUGAGGAACUUGUCAACCACUACGUGGAGAGUCAAUUGCAGCGGGUGCGCAGCUCGGCUUCGAUUGCUGCGUAUGAGGAUGAAUUUGAGACGAAAGUCGAUAAGGAGAACGGGCAGAAUGGACAUUCUUAA